CACACAAUACUACUAGCUACCAUCUAGUACCAAUUAUGGCCACUAUAUCAAAAUUGAGGGUCAUUUUCUUUUGCAUCCUCGUCUCCGCCGCGGCGGCCUCAGCCCCUUACGGUCGGAAACCUGAUAACCGACAUCCCUGUCAGCAACUUGUCUUUUAUAUCCACGACAUCCUCUACAAUGGGAAAAACUUCAACAACGCCACCUCCGCGAUCAUCGGGUCCCCAGAAUGGGGCAACAAGACCGUGGCGGCGACACCCUACAAGUUUGGCGACUUGGUGGCGUUCGACGACCCCAUAACCCUAGACAACAACCUGCACUCGCCUCCGGUGGGCCGCGCGCAGGGCAUGUAUCUGUACGACCAAAGAAGCAUCAACGGCGCGUUGCUCAGCUUCUCGUUCCUCUUCAACUCCACCGACCACGUCGGCACGUUGAACUUCGCCGGCGCCGACCCGCUGUUCAACAAGACGAGGGACAUUUCAGUCAUCGGAGGCACCGGCGAUUUCUUCAUGGCUCGAGGCGUCGCUACUUUGUCCACGGAUUCAUACGAGGGAGAUGUUUAUUUUAGGCUUCGUGCUGAAAUCAAUUUGUAUGAGUGCUGGUAGAAUUCAGCUUUCUUUCUCGUAAGGGGUUUAAUUAGACAUGCUUUAAUUGUAUGGCUAAAAGAAUAAUAAAUUACGUUUUUCGAAGUUGUUACGGUGAUGCAUGAUAUUUGUCUCACCCGUACGUGCAUGUAUUUGUCCUAGUGACAUGCACAUGCGUAGUGUUGUAACAUGUAUCGAUUUUCUUUUUCUAAGGUUUUCUAUGUGUACUUUGGUUUCUUA